GCGGGGCGCGGGCGGAAGACGGGGCGGGGCCCGGACAGCUGAGUGACAGCUAAGGUAUCAACAGGUGAUCCGGAACCUGUUGGCCAAGCAAUAACCGGAAAGUCGUCUGCUAUUCUUCUACUUUUGCUUCCUCGAACUGUUGUCGGUUGGAUUGCGCCUUGGGAGAAGUCGGAUGAAAGUUUGCUGGUGCACAAGCACAAGCAGCAGAAGGAGGAGGAGGCAUGAGUUGGUCGGAGAGUAUCCGUCCGGCCCCGGCAGGCCGCAAGCCGCUGGGCAAGCUGGCGGCGCGCCUGGAGGAGCUGAAGAGUCCGUGGAGGCAGGUGUCGUCGCUGGAGCUCAGCCACAACGAGGCCGCCCGCCUGGCCACCGACGCUUUGCUCGAGCACGGCGAGGUCGAGUACCGCCGCGUCCUUACCGAGGAGCGAGAACUCAGUUUUCUGUCGGAGGACGAGAUCGGCUACAUCGCGCGUCACCGAGACCCGGACCCGGAGCGGGUUCGGGACCCCGACAGCAACGGCGCCGAAAUCGGAGGGGCGAGCGGGACCGGCGGCCCGCUGCUGCCUGCAGAGGGUCAUGACGACGACCGCGACGAUCUACAGGCCGAGGCCGAAGCGGGUCAAAGCGACGCCGGCGACGUCGUGUCAGAGCUGACCUCCGGGACCUACUUCCCGACCAUGACCGACGAGGAGCCGCCCGUCCUGGAACUCGGCUGGCCGGAAGCCCCGCUCAGGUACGGGCCCUCGGAAACUCAGAUCUACUUCCAGCGGGACAAGAGCGUCAACGUCAAAGACAGAAUUCGCUCGCUCAUCAAUAAGGCCAAAAAGGUGAUCGCGUUAGUCAUGGACGAGUUCAGCGACGUAGAUUUACUGUGUGACUUGAUGGAAGCGUCCAGCAAGCGCAGAGUGCCCGUCUACAUCCUCCUGGACCACAAGAAGCUUCACCUCUUCACGGACAUGUGUGCCACCCUCGACGUACACAGCGUUAACUUGAGCAACAUGCGGAUCCGCAGCGUGUGCGGCGACACGUACUGCGCCAAGAGCGGCAGGAAGUUCAGCGGGCGAGUCAUGGAAAAGUUUCUCAUCAUUGACUGCGAGGAGGUCAUCGCCGGCUCUUACAGCUUCACGUGGUUGGCGUCACAAGUCCACAGCAACGUGGUUCUGCACUUCUCGGGCUGUAUCACAGAGAGCUUCGACCGCGAGUUCCGCUGCUUGUACGCCGACUCUCAGAUCAUUGAGUGUUUUUACAACGACGAAGAUGACGAGGGGCUCCCAAAUUUCCCGGCGUACCGGGCACCGCUGAUCCCCUUGGCGCCGCUCGUCAAGGCCAACCUGCUUUCUGAGAAGCAGAGGCCCGCCUCCGAUGACUCUAGCAGCCAAUCAGGCAGCAGCUUGUCUAGUGUAAGGGCGGCGCCCCUUGCCACCUCCAACCCGGUCUACAAGGUGACCCGGGGCCAAGAGAGAGCCGAGCUGCCAGACUCCCUCCGGGGCCAGAAGCCGGUCACGCCGCGGCCCUCCUCCAAUGGCGGAACCCAUCGCAGCCCACACUUGGAGCGACGCGCUCCGAUAUACGGGCUGGAUCGAAGCAAGUCCAAGCUGCCGGUCGAGGGGGUCUGGUCCCACCGCGUGGGCCCAUCGUCUAAGUUCCAGCAACUGGGCAUGUAUGAGCAUAAAGUCCACAUGUUCCACGCCACGGCGCCGCCGCCACGCCUGCACCGGAGCCACACCCCGCCCCCACUGGUCCAGGACGGCAAACUGGGCCUCAAGCACAGGAGCUCGUCCAAUCAGUUCCUCCACAAACUGCCAGACUUCUUCAUUCCUCCGGCGGCGGUGGGCAGAGACCACUUGGCUAGGUCGGCCUCACCUCAGAGCACGGUGGCAUGGGGGGGGGCCGACCUCUCCCAGAACGAACCCGUGAGCCGGCAGGCGCCGCCUCCGCCCCCAUUGACGGGCAGCCGGGAGCAAAGCACCGGCGAGCAUGAGCAAAUCAACCGGCAUGACCAGAAGCGCAUGACUCUGGGCCACAGCAAGCUAGAUCUGGUCAACCAGUACAACAAGAUGAAGUCUAAGCAGGUUUACAGUCGCUUUGAGCUAAAGAGCUCUCAGUGAACUCUUGCAGACUCUGUCGACUGCCUGGAAGUUUUCUCAAAUUGUCAAUUUCUCAUUCUUUUUGCCCCGGAGGAAUUGGGCAAACCCGGCAAAGACAUUUUGCAAAUGUAAUGACGUUGCCCUUUUGCCGUGGAAUUAUUUUCAGCAGAAUGACACCUGCUGACUUCCGACAGUGGAUGCAAAACACCAAAUGGGACCAGAAGCUCCUGACCCCGGGUCCUGCCCGGUGUCCGAUUUACUGAAGGCAUCCGUGUGUGGGAUUCUGUGACUAAAUUCUACUGUCAACUCUGGUUGUUUCAGGGUGAAAAAUGUAAACUGCCACCAACAAAUGCUUCCACCUGUGACAAAACGAUGAUGGAGUGUAUUGAAGGAGCGACUACACGAUUUUUUUUUUUUAAUGUCGACUAGCACUGGCCGAAAUGUGAUAUAGAAUUGAUACAGUAUGUUACUAAAACUCAAAUUGGAAAAAGGAAGGAUUUGCUGCUCUGACAGCUUGUUCUGAAGAAGGGCAGAGUCGAAUGGUUACCGUGGAGGAAGAGACUUUAGCCUGUCUGCAUGAGUCUUUCCUUUUAGAAACGUUCCUGCAGUGUUCGCAUUUGUGAUAUUUUAUCAUUUAUGUUUUUUUAACAAUACACCAUCAUCUUAGUAAAUAUUCUGGUUUAUAAAGUGAAUCCAUUUGGUUUGGAUGAGAAUGAUCCAUUUCUUAAGUUGGUCCAAAUCCUACCUGUCUCCAAUUUAGGCGGUAAUAUCGACCGGCGCCAAGCAAGCAGUUGGAAGCCUAAAGCACAAGUUUCCCCUAUGAGUCAUCUUACAGCCUUGAAAACAAAAAUGUUCUCACAAGGAUUCUUGCUACUACACAGUAGGUACCAGGCAUGAAGUUUUGACCAUUAGUAGCAAAUGUAGCGGAAGGGUGCGGACCUUUGCCGAGGCCUCGCACAAGGACAAGAGUUCCUUUUGGAAAUCCCGCACACGAGAGGCCUUGCACUUUGACACGGGCGGGCGGGGGUCGCGCAUACAUAUUUGCUACGCUGUAUUAUAUGCAAAUAUAGCUUCUAUGCAAAUAUGCAUUUCUACUUUAAGUCCUCAGUGGGAUAAAAAUGGCCGUCUUUCCUCCACUCUUAACGCUUUUCUACAAGUUGAACUGACGCCCGACUUGGCCACUGAUGACCCGCAACCUUUUUGGUCAGAGAUGACCACCUGAGCCGUGCUGCCACUGAAAUUUGUGUCGCUGACUCGAAAGGGGAUAUUUUUAUCCCAAGCUAAUUUGAUUUGAGCAUCUUUUACAAAUCUCACCUUCUUUUAAAUACAAAAACAUCUUUGAAAAAAUGGCAACAUUCCCACAUUUUUUCUAUUUGCUCUUUUCACUAGCAUAGAAAACAUUUCAAUGAAAAUUCUCAUUUUGUAUUAAAAAAAUAUAUAUAUAGAUAUUGGACCUUGAUUUCUCUGCAUUUCCAUCUCCAGAAAUAAUGAAAGAAUGGGAAUUAAAUUUUGUAUUUGCUUGGCUUUUGUACUACUUCGAAUAAAAUCAAAUGUGAGUGUCCUUGGACUUCUUGUAACUUGAAUGGCAAAUUUAACUCCUUUCUUUUACUUGGUCAAGUUGAUUUAUUUCUAUGGCCCUUAUUCCAUAGGUGGAGUUUGACUUUUGGGGCUGGGGGGGGCACAAUAUGUUGAUGACCCCAAAAUGCAAUGUCAGCAAUAAAAUUAACUUACAAGAAUAUUUAAAAUAAUAAGUUGACAUUAAGCGUUUUUUGUUUCCCAUCAUUCUUGAGGGGAAUUAUAAAUCAGGCUGCUUAGGCAAUACUUUUCGCCAAGAUCGUCAUCCAUUGAAUUUGGUACCGCCUGUGUCGUGCCAAUGUAGUUACCCCAGUCAAAAAUUGUAUUCCCUGGGCGGAGCCAUAUGGAGGUAGAGUUGUGUCUUUAUUAUUCAAUCCCAAA